UUACUCUAUUAGUUGGCAUUACUUUAUCAUCAGAUUCAUCAACAUAAUUAUACUUAGCCUUUGAAAAUGUCUUUGUUUCUGAAAUUUGUGUAUGGAUUUUUUUUGCUAACCGUUUUAGUGGAGGGCCACGAUAAAGUCGUAGUCUGCUACUACGGUACUUGGGCCACCUACCGCUCCGGCGCAGGAAAGUUCUCCGUAUCGGACAUCAAUACGUCACUAUGCACACAUCUCGUUUACACUUUCGUCGGGAUCCAGAGUGAUGGCUCGGUGGUCUCGCUGGAUCCGUAUCUUGAUCUGGCUGAUAACUAUGGACUUAAUAAUUUUAAUAAAUUCAACGCAUUGAAGCAGCAGAACGCCACGUUGAAAACUAUUCUCGCCGUGGGUGGCUGGAAUGAGGGAUCCGCUAAAUAUUCUACGAUGGCAGCCUCCGCCACCUUACGAAAGACCUUCAUCACCACUGCCAGAGAUAUGCUCCUGAACCACGGUUUCGACGGUUUAGACAUAGACUGGGAGUACCCGAACCAGCGUGAUACCACUCAGGGGUCUGCUGAUGUGAAAAACUUUUCUUUGUUACUAAAAGAAUUGAGAGAAGAGUUCGAUAAACAUGGAUUGUUGGUUACUGCAGCUGUUGCGGCUGUGAAGCAGAGUGCAUCGAUGUCUUACGAUAUUCCAACAAUGUCGAAGUACGUCGACCUCAUCAGCAUCAUGACAUACGAUAUGUAUGGCGCCUGGGAUUCGGUUACAGGACACAAUGCACCUCUUCACGAAGAUAAGGAUAGAAUAAAUGCUGUCGAUGCCGCUUUGAAAUAUUGGCUAACACAAGGCUGCCCGCCCGAAAAGCUUGUCCUGGGCUUACCCCUCUACGGCAGGACUUUUACCUUAACUGACGCUAAUGCCAAUGGGGUAGGUGCUCCAGCGAGCGGAGCUGGUAUAGCUGGACAAUAUACUGCUACAAAUGGCUUAAUAGGGUACAACGAGUUCUGCAACAAACUAAAAACGGAAACCUGGGACGUCCUUUACGACUCCAUAGCUCAAGUACCAUAUGCAGUCCAAGGCAAAAACUGGGUAUCCUACGAUGACCCUAAUUCCUUAGCCAAGAAGGUCGAAUAUGCCAUGAAUCUAGGCAUCGCCGGUGCCAUGGUUUGGAGCAUCGAAACUGAUGACUUUCACGGAAAAUGUGGAGAGGAUUUUGCUUUACUAAGGGCUAUUAAUAAUGCCAUAGCUGGAAGUCCUUCCACUUCAACUAGUACAUCAACAAUUACUCCAAGUACCACAGUCUCUACAACCGCGUCUACUAAGCCUAGUACUAUGGCUUCUACGUACCCAUCUACUACUACUUCUAGUACUACGGUUUCUACAACUAAAGCGCCUACAAGCUCUACGUCUAGUCCUACAACGACAUCUACUGUAAAAACAACGACAACAACAGCACCAACGCCAUCUGCAUUGUGCACUCAAGAAGGUCCAAUAGCCAACCCCGACGACUGCUCCACAUUCUUCAUCUGCGUUAUGGGAGGCUACGGCCUGGAAACCAGACUCAUGGAGUGCCCUAACGACCUAGUGUGGGAUGACACUAACAAAUACUGUAAUUAUAAGUACCUUGUCACAUGUUAAGCUUGAAAACACUGGUUAAUUUUGAAAAUUUAAAAUAGUUUCUAAAUCAGAAGCAAUUAUAAGCGUCGCCAUUCACAUAUUGUGCUCAAUUAAAAUUGUAUGAAUGGCUUUGAUUUGCCGCUCGCCGCGCCGCCGAUCGCGCGCGUCCAGUCACAAAAACCUUUUGUUUUAUAGAAAAUAGCGUUUUUCAAGAUUACUUUGUUUCCCCGUGUUAACUUGCACCUAUAUUGUAAACUCGUUUGAAACAUUAAAUAAAUCUCUAUUUAAUUUUAUAAGUAAGUAUUUACCUACCUUUAAGGGGAAGCUUAACAACUGUAUUUACAAGAAGACCCUGCUAAAAGUGUUUGGUAUAUUAAAUAUAAUACUUUGGUCAUAAAUAUUGUCAGUAUUUCUAAAUGCCAAUUUACGACUUUGGCAAAUAUGUCAAAAUGAUCUUUGUCUCAAUCUCUUAUAUAAAAAAAAUUGUAUGAAGGAAUCAAUUAUCAUUUAAACUCGAUUAAUAUUUUUCUAUGGUUCGUGAUAUUCAAUAUUAUUUUUGAAUCUGA